GCGGAGAAGGAAGAGUGAGAGAACGGGGGAGGGGCAGGGUUUUCGAAGUUUGAAGCUGGGAUUUGCACGCAGGAGGCACAGGCAUGAUCAUUCGUGUCGUGCUUGAAUGCCAGCCAAAGCAGACAGAUGAGCGGAGAAACGCAAUGCGGGGGGCAGUUUGCAGCGAGAUUGAAUACUAGAGUUGGGUGUCUGUAGAGAGGAUUGAAGUAAGCGUCGUUUUGGAGCAGGUGGGAGCGCUGACAAGGUCGUCAUGGCAUCAUUUCGUGGACCGGGGGCGAUGGCCGGGAGCAGUGGGGUAUCGCCCGAGGUCGACCCCGCAUUGUACCGCAACUUGGUGGAGAUGAUUCCUCUGAUGGAGACUUUUAUGGUGCGCUUCUUGUCUGCACGUUGACGACCUUCGUGUUCCUUGACCGCAUUGGGAGGUGAACUUUGUUGGGAGAGCAGAAUGUGCAGUUGGGUUUGGAUAGGUCUGUUAUGGGAAGCAGGCUUUGCAGACCUCCUCUUGGGCGACAUUUGGAAACUUCAUAGCUUUGGCAUUGUGUUGGACUAGAUGACUUGGAAUGGCUAGUGUGUGUCGAGGGAAUGGGCUCGUGUCAAUAUGUGAGGAACGCAUAUUGCCAAAAAUUCUGUCGCCGUGACAGUUUGAAAUUUCCUCACGGAAGGGUUGGGGGAAUGUCAUGAGAAUGGUUCUCAUAUCUGUAUUCUUGAGCGUAUUGACUACACUUUUUGUCAAUCGAAAUUUCAAGUUCUUUGCAGGGUGGGGGGGGGGGUGUUUAAUUUCUCUGACCUGUGAUCUGCAAUUACUUCGAGAAUUUUUCAUGUGUGCUCAGGAGCAGCAGGGAUCUCGGACUAGCAUGUUUGGCCGUCAGGCUUCUAUGAUCUACACACCUGCACCUCUCCCUAAAUAUCUGUACAAGUCUUAUGAGAAUCCCUUGAAAUCAAAAAGGGUGCCCAUGUCCCCAAAGCUUGAACCGAGUCAUGAAGAUUCUAAAGAGGAGUGUACAUGGGAGGAAAGCGAGAACAUUCUUCGGCGCAUUGAUAGGGACCCGGCUCAAGAAGACUUCAACCAGGACUCACGCCAUUUACUCGAAGAAAUUGAGGAAUUGAAGCAGAAGUUAUGGGAAAAGGACUGCCUAUUGGAGACACUUGGCCAGCUCUCCAAUCAGACCCUAUGUUCACAGGGUUCUCAGACUGAUGCCGUGAACCAGACAUCAAGUUCGCAAUUUAAGAGUACAGAAGGUAAUGGCUUACAGGAAGCACUAUUUGAAUGUAAUAGUAAGCCAGGAAAGCACGCAUCUCAUGGAAAUGGUGCAGUUCAGAGCAAAGAUGAGAAGCAUGAGGACAUGAAGCUCUUGCAAGCCCAAAUCGAUCAGCUACGUCAGAAGUUGGUUGAAAAAGAUAGCUAUAUCCAAUCAGCUCAACUAGAACUACGUGAACAUCAGCAAGGGCUUGGAGAGUUGAAUUUACUAUUGGAGCAAGCAGAGCGUGGUAUAGUGAAAAGGAGCCACAAAGCAAGUAGCAUGGAAGCAGAAUUGACUACCUUGCGUUGCCAGGUUUUGACUUUACGCUAUCAACUUGAUGCGGUUGAAGCUGCUGGACUCGUUGAUGCCAGCCAGUCAGAACAGCAGUUAAACACAGCCCGGGAAGGUCCACCGCACCGGGUGGAUAUGGUUUCCUCUAUCUCAUCAGAAGCACGUCAAAAGACAACGUUUCUGGUCUCCACGCCAGCCCCGAAUGGCGAAGAACAGGUGAGCAGCGGGUCAGAAGGGUCCAAGGAAGAGAAAGAGGAGCUAGAGCUAGCGAGACGUAAAUACCUGGCAGCUAUCAUGGCUGCACGCCAAAUGCCUCUUAAAGAGUCUCUUGCAAUGGUUGCUGAGUGUCGAAAUCAACUGAAUACCUUCCUGAAAGACAUUCCUACACUUCACUGUUUGGGUGCUGAAUAAUAUGGGAUUGUGCACUUAGGAUUGCCGUUGGUUACUAGUGUCGAUUGUGUCAUUCAUCUGUCUUAUCCACGGAUCAUCCGUGUACUUAGCUGACCUGCUUGUUCCAGAUUAUUCAGCACAUAGAAUUUGAGAUUCUAGGCUUUGUGCUAUCUAUGUUUUCUCAUCUCAGUUGAUUAGCGGUAACACUCAUUAUUUCUGAUCACAGGUAGUGGUUUGGUAAUUUCAAGUCUUGGUCAGUUACCUUUCUGUAAAGUAUCAAGUAUAUAGAUGACAAACGAUCCAAUAAACAUUCUGGUGGUAUUGGCGUUAUGAUUGA